ACAUUUGCCUUAUAUUUGUCAAUAGAAGAUAAUUUACAGAAAUAGAAGUCUGUGAAUUUCUUAGACGAAUUUUGAUUAGGGAAUUAUAUAACAGAAAGUUACAAUUGCAUAAUUUCUUCAAGAAUUAAAUUUGUAUUAAAUAAUAUUGUUUAUUAUAAAGUAUAAUAAAACUUAUUUAAGUUAUGCACACGGAUUUGUCACCCCAUUUACACACCGAUGAGUGUAAUAUUUUUAUCAAAAAAUUAGUAGAUUGCCACUUAAAUCAUCCAUUUCGUAAAUUUAUAGGUUAUUGCAAUGAUUAUGAUCGCGACAUGAGGAAAUGUUUGAAAGCUGAAAGACUUCAGAGGCAAAAAGCUAAUCUAGAUGAAUCUAGACAACGCCACGCCAAUAUUCGAGCACGAAUUUUAGCCCAGAGCGCAGCAGCCAACUGA